UUUUUUUCAGUAUUGAUGGAAUCGUAAUAAUAGCUAGUAAUCACUAAUCACUUGUUUUAAAACUAUUGAACAUAAUUAACGCUGAAAAUUUUAUUUGCUACUGCAGUGGCUCACGCAUACGAAUCCACCGUUUGGUUGGGUUAGGUAUACUUUUUUUUUUUUAAAUAUUUUUCAGGUAUACUAACUUAACCUAACCUAACUUGAUGUAUAGUAUUGGCCACAGGGCAAUUAUGCAUCAAAACCGUAAUUAUCAUUUUAUUUUUGACGUGUACAAGCGCGUUUAUUAUAUGAUAAUAUUGUACGUGUGCGCCGCAAUAAUAUUUUCGUGCAUUUGUAUAUUUGGCCUUACUAAAAUAUGUUCACGUUUGGAAAGUAUUGGACCGAUAAUAUUUAUGGUCUAUGUAUUGUAACGAUUGUCGUCUAUCGACAUCGUACAUUAUUCCUUAAGUAGGGCACACGUUAUUAAAAUGCUGAGUGUGAGGAAUGGCAAGCGGGGCCGACUGCUGACCUAAGGCUUUUAGGCAGCAGUUAAAAGUAUAUAACAAGGACGAAUACGUGUAGUGUAAGAGAGUGUGUGCGAGGAGUGUGUGUGCGACACCAGGAGCAGACAGACGACCAGAAGACUCCUCAACGAUCUGUGCAGCCAUCCACCAUCCACACUCACGGCUUGUCAAUCUACCCGGAUCGUUAGAUUAGAAAAUGGACUUACGAGAAACGUGACCCACGAUGAACGACGCCAUCAAACGAAACUAUGUUAACCAAUAGCUACGUCUUGAUUUAUUUCUGCGCGGUCACGUGGUGCACCGCCCAAAAGCUGACCUAUCAACAGCUUUUGCCCAACAGAAACAAUGGCAGAAACAUCCGAAUGACGCCAGCCGUGAGCGAAGACAUCGUCAUGACACCUGGACCCACGGGAAUCAGGAGGCAACCGUCGUUUCCGGGAUCGAUGCCGUUCCCGUGCAAGAACAUGACGUCUCCGGGAAUCGGCAGAAGCUCUGUUCGGCCGACCAGCGUGCACAGGCUCCGGCCCGGUGACAUUGACGUAGUGGGCGCCAUGGGCGACAGUCUGGUGGCCGGGAACGGCGCUCUCGAGGAGUUUGCCAUGGGAACGCUGAUCGAGUACAGAGGAGUGUCUUGGGCAGCAGGCGGCGAAGCAACAUGGCGGAACUACCUGACGCUGCCCAACAUUCUCAAGGAAUUCAACCCCGGGCUGAAGGGCUAUUCCGUGGGAAAAGGCGAAUUUCUCGCGCCCAACUCUCACAUGAACGUCGCUUUCCCUGUGUCGGCUGACUACGACGCUUACAGACAGGCGCAGUUCUUGGUGAAGAAAAUGAAAAAAGACCCUGACGUGGAUUUCAAAAACGACUGGAAGUUGAUAACCAUGUUUUUCGGCGCCAACGACUUAUGUUCGGGACAGUGUUACGACAAGGAUGGCACGACUCCGUUGCAGCAUAGUAAGAAACUGCAAAAAGCGUUAGACUACCUCCAGGCCAAUCUUCCCAGGACGUUUGUGAACCUCGUACCUGUCCUAGACGUGUCGGUUAGCGUGCGCGUGAAGAGGUCAUUCAUGUGCCAUAUGCUACACAGAUUCUUCUGUACUUGUUUCCACCAAAAGGGUAACGAAAUGGAUCAGAUAACGCAAAUGGUUCGAGAUUAUCAGACUGCUGAACAGAUUUUGAUCAACAGUGGUCGGUAUAACAAAAAAGAAGACUUCACCGUAGUCAUCCAACCGUUCAUCAAACUGUUCAAUGCACCGCUGGACAAGAAGCGACAGUUCGAAGAAGUCAUAGACAUAUCUUUCGUCACCUACGAUUGUUUCCAUUUUAGUCAAAAGGGACACGCUUUAGCUGCCAAUUUGCUGUGGAACAAUAUGCUGCAACCCGUUGGGUCGAAAUCGGAGACCUCGAUGGACUUCAUCAUGAAAGACUUCGUCUGUCCGACGGCCCGCAACCCAUACAUAUUCACUGCCAACAAUUCGGCGCCAUUGGACUAUCGAAACGAUAACAGACUCAGAUGAACAAACAAUCGUUGAACGUCGUUCCGGUCGUAAAAUAUACGCGAAUACACACUCGUAGAUUAUGAAUACACAUAAUAUAAUUUAUAAUUAUCGUUUUUAAAUUGUUUUAUACUGUGUAUACAUUAGUAUUUUUUUAAUGU